UAUAUAUAUUAGAUGUGAACCUGACACGUGUAACGGACUAUGGAAGUACGUAAUUAUGUAAUAUUGCCUACAUGCUCUUAAAUCUUUCGCGCAGGUAUACAACCUACGUUUUUCUCUAAUUCAGUCAAAUCAUAUGAUUCAUUCCGAUCGGUUUAUUCAAAAAUGGUUAAUAUUUUUAAAAAGGUCGAUAACUCCAAGCCGUUUGAAACUGAUCCGUUGCUAAAAUCCAAGGCAGAAAAACAACCAUUUUGGAAGAAACCAUGGUUUACCCUUUUUAUAGUAAUAUUAAUAAUUGCUAUUGCUACAACUGUUAUAGCAUACAUAUUUUACCCUAAAAAUGGUUCACCAAAUACCAUUAAUUUGGUCGAACCAGAGGCAAAUCGAUUUAUAUUUAAUGCGGAGGUUAAUAUAUUAAAUGUCGAGGUCAAAGCACAACCAACCUCUAGGGUGUGGAGCGUGGCAACAACUAAUGGAGAUUACUUCAAAAAAUGUGCCCCAUUCGUUACCUGUAGCCCAAACGAUAAAUACAGGACAUACAAUGGUUCGUGCAACAAUUUGCAGAACCCGAACUGGGGUGCAGCUUUAACUCCAUUUUACAGGCUGAUGGACGCCGAGUUUAAUGAUGGUAAUGAAACGUUUAGAGUUCAAUUGGACGGAAGACCAUUGCCUAGUGCUAGGCUAGUAGGUGUGAAAUUAUUUUAUAUGAAAGACAUCCGUAACUUCGAUCAUGAAAAUAAUGAGUUAUUAGUUCCGUGGGGACAGUUUUUGACACACGAUAUAUCGUUUUAUCCUGAUGAUAUUCGAAAUGCUACUACUCCAGCUGAUUUGGACCACUGUUUUGAAAAAGACAAAACUAAAAUUCCAUUUGAAUGUAAAACCGCUAUAAUGAUAGCGAAAGAUGACCCAGUAUAUGGCCAAUAUAAUGUAUCACUGUUUAAAUUUGUUCGAUCUAUGCCUUCAGUAAAUUUUAGUUGCCCACUAACACCCAGGACUAUUCUCAAUAGAAAUACACAAUAUAUAGAUGCAUCUCACGUGUACGGUUCAGACAAAAGUAUAGCUGAUGGUCUUCGAACAUUUGAAAAUGGUAAACUUAGAUCACGGACAUUAAAAAACGAAGAAUAUUGUCCACAAAAUCCUGAUUCGGAAUUUAAAGAUGGCCCAUUAGGAAAAUCUAAUAUUCAAUUCGCUGCAGGCGAUAAAAACGUCAAUCAGAAUUUGGCUAUUGCAUUGUUUCAAAAUUUGUUUUUAAGAUAUCACAAUCAUUUGGCUGAUGAAUUACAGAAAUUAAAUCCGUCGUGGUCCGACGAAAGAGUUUACCAAGAAACACGCAGAAUUGUCGGUGCAAUUAUACAAGUCAUAACAUAUGAGCAUUUCUUGCCAAUUAUUCUAGGCGACGAAUACAUGAAAGAGUAUGGACUGACCGGACAGACAACCUAUGAUCCUUCAAUUAAUUCGGCUUUAGCACAAGAGAUGACAAGUGGUGCAUUUCGAGCUGUUCACAACAUUAUUCCCGCCAAAUUCAACUUUAUGAGUGCAAACUAUUCAAUCGUCGAUGAAGUAGAGCCAUCCAGAGUGUUGCUGCAGCCGGACUUGCUUAUAGGAAAUUUCGAUAACAUGCUACGAGGGUUCUUGGAAACGCCAGGCCGAGCUGUACAACCAUCCUAUAAUAAUUUGAUUACAAAUAUCGUGUUUAAAAUACCUAAUUUAGAUGGAUACUCAGGAUUUGAUUUAUUGUCUUACGAUAUUCAGAGAGGCAGAGAUAAUGGUCUUCCACCAUAUAACAAAAUGAGAUACCUUUGUGGAUUAAAAAAAGCAAAUACAUUUAAUGACUUAUCUGAUUUCGUUUCUCAAGAGGAUAUUGAAACGUUGAAAUCGUUAUACUCUACUGUGCAUGACAUAGAUUAUAUUGUUGGUGCCCUCUUAGAAAAACCCAGAAACGGUUCAAUGGUUGGUCCAUCAACUGCAUGUAUAAUCGGAGAUAGUUUCUAUAGGUUUAAAGCUGGUGAUCGUUUCUUCUAUGAUAUUCUAGGACAACCGGGAAGCUUCACCCCAGCGCAAAUUAAAACAUUGAAAAAAAUUACACUUAGUCACGUUAUGUGUACAUCGUCAAACUUGGGCCAUAUGCAAAAGGAAACAUUUAGAUUUGUUGACCAUAAGUGGAUGUCAAGUAUUAAGUAUAACUGUAAAUCAUAUAAGCUGGACUUAUCACCAUGGAAGGAAUUUUCGUAAGAAUUAUUGUAUCAUAACAUAAUUACUUUUGAUAUAAUUUUACUUUUUAUGAACAUCAAAUAUGAUAAAUAAAUGAUUAUACAAUAAUAAACGUUUUAAUAUAAAAAUGUUAAAUAA